AUGUCCGGCGCAAGCACCCCCCUCGGCGGCAGGUCCGGCAGGUCCACUCCUCUUCACCUCCGCGACGUCGUGCACGAGGUUGUGCGUCACUUCCGCAACGAAAAGGACUCGGAGGCCCAUCGAAUCUUCCGCAACUCUGCGGGUCACAAGCCCAAGGUUGCCAACAAUGUUCUCCUUCCCCAGACUGUGAACCCGGACGAGGAGACAGUUCCGGGUAUUGACACCCUGGAAGCACCGGUCAUCCCUCUCCCGGAAGACUCGCUCGAGUAUGCGCCCACGACCGGUGUCAAGGCGCUGCGUGAGGCAGUGGCUGCGAUGUACAACGCCGAAUACCGUCAGGACAAGCUGAGCCAAUACACGUUCGAAAACGUCUGCAUCGUGCCUGGAGGCCGUUCCGGACUCUCUCGUGUCGCCGCGGUCGUCGGUGAUGUCUACUGCUCGUACCAGGUCCCUGAUUACACCGCGUAUGACCAGGUUCUGAGCGCGUUCAGACGCCUCGUUCCCGUUCCGACCGCGCUUGACGCGGAAAACAAGUAUCGUCUCGAUGUCAAUCAAAUCAAGAAGGAUAUUCGCACCCAAGGACUGGAGGUCAUCGAAGGGGAGGAACUCGAAGAGCUUGUCCACGUUUGCCGAGAUGCUUCUGCCACUCUCAUCAUGGACGAAUUCUACUCCUGGUAUAUGUACCCAGAGGACGAAGCAGAGCUCGGCAAGACGGUAUCGUCCGCUCAAUACGUCGACAACGUGAACAGUGAUCCAGUCGUUAUUGUGAACGGUCUCACGAAGAACUGGCGUCUGCCUGGCUGGCGAGUGUGCUGGGUGUUGGGCCCCAAGAACCUGAUAACUGCGCUCUCGCAGGCUGGUUCCUUCCUCGACGGUGGUGCCAACCACCCGCUCCAGCUUGCCGCCAUCCCCCUGUUGGACCUCGAGCGCAUCCGCCUCGAGAAGCUCGCCCUCCAGAAACACUUCAAGGCGAAGCGCGACCACGUCCUCAAGCGCCUCGACGAGCUCGGCCUGCACGUCGCCGUCCCGCCGCAGGCGACGUUUUACAUCUGGCUCAACCUCGAGCAGCUCCCGGCGCCGCUCAACAACGGCCUCACCUUCUUCGAGGAGCUUCUCAAGGAGAAGACGAUCGUCAUCCCCGGCAUCUUCUUCGACAUCAACCCGGCCCACCGCCGGAACCUCUUCCACUCGUCUUGCCACCACUUCGUCCGGCUCUCGUUCGGCCCGCCGCUCGCGGACCUGGACAAGGGCCUCGAUGCGAUCGGGCGCGUGCUCAAGAAGGCGCGGCGCGAGGGCGGCCAUGCGUUCGGCCACAGCUACAAGAAGAGCAUCGAAGGCGUGCACCAGCUCGACAAGCACGUCUGA